GAUCACCUGGGCGGAGGCGGAACUGAGGGGGAUCCGGUUGUGGGACGCGGAUACCUGUGGCACAGGGAGCCGUGCACCUGUACGGGAGGCGGGGCCCAAGCCCACCCGAGUGUGUCAGGAAAGCGGCGGAGCCCUCCGCCCCCCAACCCUGGGCGUGCGCCAUGACCUGGAGCGCCACCGCCCGCGGAGCCCACCAGCCCGACAACACUGCGUUCACGCAGCAGCGCCUCCCCGCCUGGCAGCCGCUGCUGUCGGCCAGCAUCACGCUGCCACUCUUCUUCUGCGCGGGUCUGGCCUUCAUUGGCCUGGGCCUGGGUCUCUACUACUCCUCCAACGGCAUCAAGGAGCUCGAGUACGACUACACGGGCGACAGUGGCACGGGCAACUGCUCCGUCUGCGCCGCCGAGGGCCAGGACAAAGCGCCGCCGCCGCCCUGCUCGUGCGCCUGGUACUUCUCGCUGCCCGAGCUCUUCCCGGGGCCCGUGUACCUGUACUACGAGCUGUCCAACUUCUACCAGAACAACCGCCGCUACGGCGUGUCCCGCGACGACGCGCAGCUGAGCGGGCUGGCGAGCGCUCUGCGCCAACCUGUCAACGAGUGCGCCCCGUACCAGUUCAGUGCCACCGGCCUGCCCAUCGCGCCCUGCGGCGCCAUCGCCAACAGCCUCUUCAACGACACCUUCUCGCUGUGGCACCAGCGCCAAGCGGACGGGCCCUAUGUUGAGGUGCCGCUCGACCGCGCCGCCAUCGCCUGGUGGACCGACUACCACGUCAAGUUCCGCAACCCGCCGCUGGUCAACGGCAGCCUGGCGCUGGCCUUCAGCGGCACGGCGCCGCCGCCCAACUGGCACCGGCCGGUCUACGAGCUCAGCCCGGACCUCAACAACACGGGCUUCGUGAACCAGGACUUCGUGGUGUGGAUGCGCACGGCCGCGCUGCCCACCUUCCGCAAGCUCUACGCGCGCGUCCGCCAGGGCGACUACUCCGCGGGGCUGCCGCGUGGCGCCUACCGCGUCAACAUCUCCUACAACUACCCAGUGCGCGCCUUCGGCGGCCACAAGCUUCUGGUCUUCAGCAACAUCUCGUGGAUGGGCGGCAAGAACCCCUUCCUGGGCAUCGCCUACCUGGUGGUUGGUGCCCUCUGCAUCCUCGUGGGCUUCGUCAUGUUGGUGGUUUACAUUCGUUACCAGGACCAGACGGACGACGACGACGACGAGGAGGAGUGACUGCCGCCUGGGGGGGGGGUCCCUCUUCCUGCUGCUCCC